AUGUUGGUGGGUUUUAAAAGCGCGUCGGCUUCUGUGCUGCCGGCGCGGAGUGAGGCGAACAGCGAGCAUCGCCAGGGGAAAUCACAGAGCGAGGAGGAGGAGUACCUUCACGGUUCACUCUUAGAUGUAUUCAUUGUAGGUGACGAGUUCACGCUCUGUGAGACGACGACGAGCCGUAAAUCGGAAUCAAAGCCAGAUAUCGAUUACUAUCGAACGAGACGCGCUCCCGCUGGGCACGGGGCGGCCUUUACAACCCACGGGACGACCACGACAUGCUUACGACAUACACUAAGAGUGUACGAUAUCGCACAUACGAGAACAUCUAUCUCAAAGGCUCUCAGUGUUAUACUUCACCCGCGCACCGCCAUCUAUCGGCGAGAGUAUAGAGUGUCUACAUGUCAGCCGUGUAUACCCGUCCCCUGCCUCACACUCUCCCCCGCCGCCCCUACGCCCUUUGCCCCUCGCCCCUUCAUAGUCCGCUCUCCCUCGUUCAUUCACAUGUCUCAGUCGUCUCAGUCUAACGAAUCAGUUCCUCUCCGCACGCCGCGGUGUAUGGAUGUAUGUCCUAUUCGUUGUCUUAACUGUCGAUAUCAUUUGUUUGGAAGAUUCGCACCGCUGACUGUGACUUGA